GAUCCCCCGGGACUGCCGCCCGGGGAAGUCCCGGUGCGUGCGGGUACAAGAGGCAGCUCCAGGGCCCCAAGCCGGCAGUCCCCAGCGAUGUCGCGCGGCCUCCAGCUCCUGCUCCUGAGCUGCGCCUGCAGCCUGGUGCCCGCGGCGCGGGAGGUGACGGUGGCCUGUUCGGAGGAUGUGGACUUGCCCUGCCCUGCCCCCUGGGACCCGCAGGUCCCCUACGCGGUCUUCUGGGCCAAGCUCACAAAUGGAAGUGCAGAGAGGAUGGAGGUGCCCCAGGAGGACCUGCAGUACUAUCAGCAGAGGGCCUCUUCAGAGGCCCCCAGGGAAAGGCUGUAUUCCCUGAGGAUCCAAAACACUACUAGCUGCAACUCGGGGACCUACAGGUGCACUCUGGUGGAUCCAGAAGGGCAGAGAAACCUAAGUGGUACCACGAUCUUGAAAGUGACAGGAUGCUCUAAGGGACGCAAAGAAGAGACUUUUAAGAAAUACAGAGCUGAGGUUGUCCUGCUGUUGGCUCUGGUCAUUUUCUACGUGACACUCAUCAUUUUCACUUGCAAGUUUGCACGACAGCAGAGUAUUUUUCCAGACUUUCUUAAACCUGCCAUGGAACAUACUUUUCUCCCAGUUAUCCCCCCAGAUAAGCAUUUGACUCUUCACAAAACAGAACUGGUGUGAGCAGGAUUUCUGCAGAUUGUUUUUCCAAGGUUGAAGGCUCCGUGGUGUGUGUCCACGUCACACCGGACAGGAGAAGCCUGAGCCCCACGCUGAAG